CACAAACAUGUUUUCCAAAAGCAUCUCUUUGAGUAUUUUGCUUGCAGCCAUUAUUGCUUGCGACAUAGCACAUGGCAGAGUGAGAGUAGCGCGAUCCCCCGACACCAGCAUGGGGGUGGACAUUCCUGACAACUCUGCCAACUACGAACAAGGCAAGGAAGACCUGGACCAAAGAACAGAGGAAGACUACGAAACCUGGAACGCAGAAGCUAAAGAAGUCGAAGAGGAGUACCAAGCACCAGACCCUGACCAGACCGGUGAAGCUUACGAUAAGGAAAAGGAAUAUCAGGAAGAACAAAGUGAGGAGUACAAGAAUGAAGGUAACGAAACGUACAAUGCGAAUAAGGAUAACGCAGAAGAACAUAGAGAAUCUACUGAAGAACAUUAUGGCAGUGAUGAGGAGAACCGAGAGGAUCCGAACACGGCAGCGGAACAUUAUGGUGAGAAAUAUGACAAGUAUGAAGAGAAGGAGGAACAGGAUCUGAGAGAAGAUCAAGAUAAAGUACAGACUUAUGAAGAAGCGGAGCCCCCGACUUUCUAUUACGAGUCGGACCGAUCGUAUUGAUGAAUAAUCUAACCAACGUUAAAAACCCCCGACAGUCAACUCUAAAAGUCACAUUGCUUUUGAACGGCUAAGCCGAUUUUGAUAAAAUAUAGCUUAGAACACACGGGGUAACAUUACCAGUUACCCAAAAAAAAAACUAAUCAAAAAUCGGUUUAGCCGUUUAAGAGCUACUCUACAAUAUACAGAAACAUAGACACAUAAAACUUAAAACAUAUCUGUCUUUUGUCUGGAGUAAAAAAGCGAAAGAAAUACGGACUUUAUAGAUGAAGUAACUUUUUUAUUUACGCACUGUAAUGCACCGAUAAUGUUGUAAUAUGUAUUUAUGUAUUUAUUAAUAAAAAUAUUAAUUAUAGCUGCUUC